UUCCCAUUUAACUGUGAAAUGUGAAUGCAACUCGUUUAUCGUUAACACGUUGGUUACGGAAUGCUUAGGAAUUUAGGAUGCUCCGUUUACACGUAUGCAAUGAUAUAUAUAUAUAAUAGUAUAAUAAAUAAUAGGCUAAUAAAUGUACAGUGUACACUACACUAUGAUAUUAUAAGUCAUGUAUUGCACUACUGCAUUAUAAAGAAUUAUUAAACACUUUCGGAGUAACUAUCACGUAUGAGGCACGGACGUUUGUGCAACUGUCAGACACCUUCGUGAUAUCAAUUUACAGUAUUAACUAUUAAGUGUACUGCCACUGUAUUCACUAUUUAGAAUGCACUUUAGCAGACUGCAGUAGUGCAGUUCCUAGUCCCGGUAGUUGCAAGUUUCCCGCCGACAAUUGUUCUAUCCGUUGAGUCAUUCGAUUAUAGGAUUAACUCCGAAUCCAUCUUAGUUCCGCUCUCCACCGGUGCAUACAUAUUGUAAUUCGCUGAAAUCCAAUUAAAAAUAGUUGAGUCCAAUUAAACUUUGUCAUUGUGAUCGUGUGCGAAUGUGUGAUCAGACUACUGAGUGACGGAGAGGGUACGUGUUUGCGACCACUGAUUAUACUCGAGUUACUUAACUAGAUACGACUGUGUCUGUAAAACGUAACUUAGUAAAUCGUAAACUCACAAAUAGUGGUACCGGUACAGACUGCGGACGGCGUAUUAGCAACAAAUAUUUAAGUCGUGUUUCGUCCGCUAAAAAAUGAACGAUUUGGAUUCAGUACUACUCGAAUUAAAUGCUUGUCUAAUAUCUACCAAAAGUGGAAUACCAUUAAAUCAAUUAGAACAUGAAUAUUUUAAAUUAAAUGGUGAACGAAUUCCAUUCAAGCAAUUAGGAUUUCCAUCAUUAGAAGCCCUAUUACAAUCCUCUAAAAAGUUUAAUAUUCAAAAUUAUGGAGGCAAUGCUAUUGUUAAAGCUGUUGGUAAUAGCAAAACACAACAUUUGACUGAACUUAUAAAAAAACAGAAAUCAAAACCACCAAAAAAAAAACCGUUUAUAGGUUCUCAAAAUGCUCCAAGAAAAUUUGGUACAUCAAAUACCUAUAACAGACCUAAUAAUUAUUCUAGACCAGGAAAUAAUGGCUUGAAUAAUGGAUCAUCAAAGAAUAACUAUCAAGGUACUUCUAUUCCUAAUUACACCAACAGUUAUAAUAGACAACAAUCAUCAUAUAGCGAUAACAAACAUAAUAGAUUCAAUAUCAAUGAGCCAAAAACAUUUGAUCAUAAUAGUUAUAAAAAGCCUCAGUUUUCUAUAAGUAACUAUAAUAAUAGUACUAAGAGCUAUAGUGAAAACCUUCAAUUAAACUCUGAUAUAUGUUUGCCUGAAACUAAACCUUUCAAUAAUCUAUCCAAUGAUAGCAGGAAAAAUGGUGUUCAAUCAGUUCCAAUUUCAAAUGAUAUAAAGUCAUUGAAUGAAAACACCAAAUCAGAUCAUAUUCCGCUUACUAGCAGUUGCAGUAGCUUAGAAUCAACAUACAGUUCUAGUUCUGCUAGUUACAAACCUAUGCAUACAUUACCUGACAAAUUCCAAAUUGGAGAUACAGUCAAUAAAAAUAACGAAGAUACAAUUCCAAGAAAUCACAUAAUCAUGCAGGAGAAUAAUAGUGAAUUUAAGAGAUCAGUAAAGCAACAUAAAUCAAUCCCAAAGUUUUCAUCACUACAAAACAUGCCGCCUAUAAAAAUAUCAACUGCUCAAAGUAGACUUGAAAAAUACCCUAAAAAAUGUGAAGAACAAACUAAGGUCGAUGUAGAAAAUAAUUCGAAAACAGAAAAACUGUGUGUUGCAGCUACAGAUUUAAGAAUUGAAGUUGAAGAUCCUACACUUGAGGUGUUUGAAGAAGAUAAGGACUACAUUAAUGAACUAGAAACAUAUUUAAAAAAUUUAAACUUAUCAGAACCAUAUUAUGAGUAUAUGGUAAAAAAAGAAAAAUCUGGGAAACUUAUUAAAUUAAUACACAUUUGUACAAUUAAGGUAAAUGAAAAGAGUGUUGGUAGUUCUUUCCCAGUUGAUUGUAGUUCAGAUGAUUAUGCACAAAAAGUUGCUGCAAAAAGGGCUCUAACUACCUUAAAAAAACAAUAUGGUGAAAGUGUUAUUUAUCCAAUUACUAAUGAUAUUAAUACAGUGGCAUUAUGCGUUAAAAGGCUUUUAAAACAAGGAUAUGAAACAACUGGUAUUAUGAGUGAUGUCUUAGAACGUAUGUAUAGAGAGGAAUUUCAAGAAAACAUGCCUGAUAAUUGGGAUCAACUUCUGGGAGUUUUUAGUUACUUCAUAUUUGAUAAGCUAGCACCCAAUAAAGUCGUUAUAUAUCUUAAUGAAACUGAAAGUAAUCAACAAAAUGGUCAUGAGUAUAUAGUUGAAGAAGUUGCAGAUGAACAAAGCUUUGUUCCAGGUACUUCAUUAUUAUUUGAAGAUUACCUUGAAAAGUCUGUUCUCGUUUCUGCUAAUUAUGGUUCAACUAGUAUUUGGGUACGUUUGGUUGGACAAAGUGCAGAUGAAAACUUCAUUCAAAUGCAAGCAAAAUUCAAUGACAUAAUGAACACAGAAAAAUUAAGUAUCCCUGAUCAAGUAAUUGAAAGUGAAUUUUAUGCUGUGCUAUAUAAUUCAUCUUGGCAUAGAGUGCAAAUACUUUCUGCUACUAAUGAUGAUGAUACAGCUACAUGUUUUAUGAUAGAUACAGGCGAGCAAUUGAACAUUGCCAAAGAUCAAAUUUGUAACCUAGAACCGAUCUUUAUGAAACCUAAAACACAGGCAAUUAAAUGUAUUUUAAAUCAAUUGGAUAAUUUUGGUUCAUUUGAUGGUUUAAAAGAAUUAUUGGAUGAAAUGAUUUUAAAUAAAACAUUCUUUCUUAAACCUGAUUCAAUCGGGAAUUCUCCAAGAAUCACUUUGUAUGAAAAAGGAGGAAUAAAUGUAAAUGAUAUGAUUAUUCAAAGAUUUGUAGAAAAAACUUCUACUAAGCUACCAUUAUUUGAGGAUCAAGCCAUUGUGGAUGGAAAUGUAUCGUCAAUUGUCGAGUCUGGCCAUUUAUAUUUACAAUUAAACUUUGACGUUGUCUCAUCGCUUGAAGAAAUCUUGUCAAACGAUGAAUUCUAUGAUCCAGAAUAUUUUUUGAAGAGCAAGGAAGAUAUUGUAAAAGACAAAGUUUAUGUAACUAAGUAUGAAGCUGAUAACAUUUGGUGUCGUGUUAAAGUUGUUGAUAUAAUCAGUGACUCUGAAGCCAAGAUAAUGUAUAUAGACUACGGUAAUACGGCACAAUGUGAAAUUACUAAAAUAGCUAAUUUAGAAUUCUAUGAUCCAUUGUUGGCUAAAAUUGCUCCUCAGGCUAUAAAAGUUUCAAUGAACUUUAUACCUCCAAAUACUAUGACUCCGGAUAUUGCCCAAAAGAUAUUUGAUAUUAUUGGGAGAGAUACAGUUUUAGUAAAUACAGUUAAUGCACCUAAUGACGAUGUGCCAUGCGUUCAACUUUACAAAACUGAACCAGAUUCACCUAAUAUACCAUACUGCAUUAACAUACCAUUAUUCCAAAGCUAA